CGCCGGCCGGCGGGGCCGAGCCCCGAGCCGGGCCCGCAGACCUAGGCGCGUGGCCCCCCGCCCGACCCCGACCCGGCCCCGACCCCGCGGCGGCCCGGGCGGGCGGGCGAGCGCGGCCGGAGGAUGUCGGCGGGCGGCCGCGACGAGGAGCGGCGGAAGCUGGCCGACAUCAUCCAGCACUGGAACGCCAACCGGCUGGACCUGUUCGAGAUCAGCCAGCCCACCGAGGAUUUGGAGUUCCAUGGAGUGAUGAGAUUUUAUUUUCAAGAUAAAGCUGCUGGGAACUUCGCAACAAAAUGUAUCCGGGUCUCUAGUACCGCCACCACUCAGGACGUGCUGGAAACGCUCGCGGAGAAAUUCCGCCCUGACAUGCGGAUGUUGUCAUCACCCAAGUACUCCCUGUACGAAGUGCAUGUCAGCGGAGAAGAAAGAAGAUUGGAUAUAGACGAGAAACCCCUUGUUGUGCAGUUGAAUUGGAAUAAGGAUGAUCGAGAGGGCAGAUUUGUUCUUAAGAAUGAGAACGAUGCCAUUCCUGCUAAGAAGGCUCAAAGUAACGGACCUGAAAAGCAGGAAAAAGAAGGUGUUAUCCAGAACUUCAAGAGAACUCUCUCAAAGAAAGAAAAGAAGGAAAAAAAGAAGCGAGAAAAAGAGGCAAUGAGGCAGGCGUCUGAUCGAGACGAUAGACCUUUCCAUGGGGAUGACACUGAAAAUUCUCGACUGGCUGCUGAGGUUUACAAAGACAUGCCUGAAACUAGCUUUACCCGAACGAUUUCUAAUCCCGAGGUGGUUAUGAAACGACGGAGACAACAAAAACUGGAAAAGAGAAUGCAGGAAUUUCGGAGCUCAGAUGGGCGGCCUGAUUCAGGUGGGACACUGAGGAUUUAUGCAGAUAGUUUAAAACCAAAUAUUCCCUACAAGACGAUCCUGCUGUCUACCACCGACCCUGCAGGCCUCGCUGUGGCUGAAGCUCUGGAGAAGUACGGCCUGGAGAAGGAAAACCCGAAGGAUUACUGCAUUGCCCGCGUGAUGCUCCCUCCUGGGGCCCAGCGUUCUGACGAGAAAGCUGCUGAGGAAGUUAUCCUUGGUGAUGAUGAGUGCCCUUUACAGAUCUUCAGGGAGUGGCCGAAUGACAGAGGGAUUUUAGUCUUUCAGCUGAAGAGGAGGCCACCAGACUACAUCCCAAAGAAAAGCCAGAAGCACAUGGAUGGGAAGCCGCUGCAUGGGAAGGAGCGAGUUGAUGGGUCUGGCUAUGGCGCUGUGCUCCCGCCGGAGAAACUGCCCUACCUCGUAGAGCUGAGCCCAGAUGGUUCCGACUCCAGAGACAAGCCGAAGCUCUACCGCCUUCAGCUGAGUGUCACUGAGGUUGGGACAGAGAAGUUCGACGACGGCUCCAUCCAGUUGUUUGGUUCAGGAAUUGAGCCCCAUCACUGUGACCUCACAAACAUGGAUGGAGUGGUCACGGUCACGCCGAGAAGCAUGGAUGCUGAGACCUACGUGGACGGGCAGCGCAUCUCGGAGACGACGAUGCUGCACAGCGGGAUGAAGGUGCAGUUUGGGGUGUCCCAUGUGUUUAAGUUCGUGGACCCCAGCCAGGACCACGCUCUGCCCAAGAGAUCCGUGGAUGGAGGCCUGAUGGCGAAGGGUCCCAGACAGAGGCCUGGAAUUGUUCAGGAGACAACUUUUGAUUUGGGAGGAGAUGUUCAUAGUGGGACAGCAUUACCAGCGAGCAAGAGCUCCUCCAGGCUGGACGGCGACAGGGGGCUGUCUGCCGCCGGCACCGCCGAGCGAGGGAUGGUGAAGCCCAUGGUCAGAGUGGAGCAGCAGCUGGACUACCGCAGGCAAGAAAGCAGAACUCAGGACGCUCCUGGGCCUGACCUAAUACUGCCUGCAAGCAUUGAAUUCAGGGAAAGUUCUGAAGAUUCAUUUUUAUCUGCCAUUAUAAAUUACACUAAUAGCUCUACAGUCCAUUUUAAGUUGUCACCUACAUACGUGUUAUAUAUGGCGUGUCGGUAUGUAUUGUCCAGCCAGUACAGACCCGAUGUCAGUCCCGCAGAACGGACGCACAAAGUGAUUGCCAUUGUCAACAAGAUGGUGAGCAUGAUGGAAGGGGUCAUUCAGGAAGUAGACCAGGUUGAUCAGAAACAGAAGAAUAUUGCAGGGGCGCUUGCUUUCUGGAUGGCAAAUGCAUCUGAGCUUCUCAACUUCAUAAAGCAGGACCGAGAUCUUAGUCGAAUCACGUUGGAUGCCCAGGAUGUUCUAGCACACUUGGUUCAAAUGGCCUUUAAAUACCUGGUCCACUGUCUCCAGUCAGAACUGAACAAUUACAUGCCAGCCUUUCUGGACGACCCCGAAGAGAACAGUCUGCAGAGACCCAAAAUAGACGACGUGCUGCACACGCUCACGGGGGCCAUGUCACUGCUGCGCCGCUGCCGGGUCAACGCCGCGCUGACCAUCCAGCUCUUCUCCCAGCUCUUCCACUUCAUCAACAUGUGGCUGUUCAACCGGCUGGUGACCGACCCCGAGUCGGGGCUGUGCUCCCACUACUGGGGCGCCAUCAUCCGCCAGCAGCUCGGGCACGUGGAGGCCUGGGCGGAGAAGCAGGGCCUGGAGCUGGCGGCCGACUGCCACCUCAGCAGGAUCGUGCAGGCAACCACUUUGCUCACGAUGGAUAAGUACGCACCCGAUGACAUCCCAAAUAUAAACAGUACCUGCUUCAAGUUAAAUUCACUGCAACUUCAAGCCUUACUUCAGAAUUACCACUGUGCACCCGAUGAGCCUUUUGUCCCUACAGACCUGACGGAGCGUGUGGUGGCUAUGGCGGAGAACACAGCCGACGAGCUGGCACGCAGUGACGGGCGGGAGGUGCAGCUGGAGGAGGACCCCGACCUGCAGCUGCCGUUCCUUCUGCCCGAGGACGGCUACUCCUGCGACGUUGUCAGAAACAUCCCAAACGGCUUACAGGAGUUUCUGGACCCUUUGUGCCAGAGAGGAUUUUGCAGGUUAAUUCCUCACCCACGUUCGCCAGGCGCUUGGACAAUAUAUUUUGAAGGUGCAGAUUAUGAGACUCACCUCACGCGGGAGAACACAGAACUGGCUCAGCCUCUGAGGAAAGAACCUGAAGUAAUCACGGUGACCCUCAAAAAGCAGAACGGGAUGGGCCUCAGCAUUGUCGCAGCAAAGGGUGCUGGUCAAGACAAACUUGGAAUCUACGUCAAGUCUGUUGUAAAAGGAGGUGCUGCUGACGUGGACGGGCGGCUGGCUGCAGGUGACCAGCUCCUCAGCGUGGAUGGACGGAGUCUGGUAGGACUCUCUCAAGAAAGGGCAGCAGAACUGAUGACAAGGACAAGCUCCGUGGUGACGCUGGAAGUAGCAAAGCAAGGAGCCAUUUAUCACGGUCUCGCUACCCUGCUCAAUCAGCCGUCACCCAUGAUGCAGAGAAUUUCAGAUCGUCGUGGAUCAGGUAAACCCCGACCAAAGAGUGAAGGUUUUGAGCUGUAUAAUAAUUCAGCUCAAAACGGGUCCCCGGAGAGCCCUCAGAUGCCUUGGGCAGAAUACAGCGAACCAAAGAAGUUGCCUGGCGACGACAGGCUGAUGAAAAACAGGGCUGACCACCGCUCCAGCCCCAACGUCGCAAAUGAGCCCCCUAGUCCCAGCGGGAAAGGCGCCUAUACCUCUGGGACAGCGGCCAAGAUAACGUCCGUCUCCACUGGAAACCUCUGCGCUGAGGAGCAGACCCCUCCUCCCCGAGCCGAGGCCUACCCCAUCCCGACGCAGACCUACACCAGGGAGUACUUCACCUUCCCGGCCUCCAAGUCCCAGGACCGCACGGCUCCUCCCCAGGACCAGUGGCCCCGUUACGAGGAGAAGCCCCACGUGCACACGGACAGCAGCCACUCCAGUACUACAGUCCAGCGUGUGACCCGGUCCCAGGAGGAGCUCCGGGAGGAUGUCGCGUACCACCUGGAGCGGCAGAGGGUGGAGGCGGCGAUGGAGCACAGGUCUGACGGCGGUGACGCGUGGCUCAACCAGGGCUCCUCGCUGGGCUCCAGCACCUCCAGCCAGGAGCACCUGGGCCCCCCCUCCAAGGCGGGCACCCCCGCGUCCACGCUCACCAAGAGCGGCCCUGGGCGCUGGAAGACCCCAGCCGCCUCCCCGCCGGUGCGGACCGACCCGCCCCCCGGGCACUACGGCGAUGGGGACGGAGUCCCCGCGGACUCGGCCCUCCCGCCGCCUCCCACCGGCGCCCAGGCGGCUGCAGAGCGGAAGAAGCGGGAGGAGCAGCAGCGCUGGUACGAGAAGGAAAAGGCGCGCCUGGAGGAGGAGCGCGAGCGCCGGCGGCGGGAGCAAGAGCGCAGGUUGGGCCAGCUGCGGGCGCAGGCGCCGCCCCCCGGGCCCCCGCCCCCCGGGCCGCCCUCGCCUGCCGCCCCGCCCGCCCCCGCCCGCGCCCCAGCCCCAGACACCGUCAUCCGGGAGCUGCAGCCCCAGCAGCAGCCGCGCACUAUUGAGCGCCGGGACUUGCAGUACAUCACGGUCAGCAGGGAGGAGCUGGCCUCGGGGGACAGCCUGUCCCCCGACCCCUGGAAGCGGGACGCGCGGGAGAAGCUGGAGAAGCAGCAGCAGCUGCACAUCGUGGACCUGCUGAGCCGCGAGAUCCAGGAGCUGCAGGGCAAGGCCGAGCGCUCGGCCGAGGAGAGCGACCGGCUGCGCAAGCUCAUGCUGGAGUGGCAGUUCCAGAAGCGGCUGCAGGAGUCCAAGCAGAAGGACGAGGACGACGAGGAGGAGGAGGACGACGACGUGGACACCGUGCUGCUCAUGCAGCGCCUGGAGGCCGAGCGCAGAGCGCGGUAUUCUUUGUGCUUCACGAAAAUGUCUGCUGCUCGUACGACGGUUACUGCGAACCAUCUGUCAAGGAGACACUUCCGAGACCAGCGGUCUCUCAGCUGGCCCGUCGCAGCUUCGCCUCCUGCCAGUUGAGUGGUUCAUCUUCCGUCUCAGAUGACGCAACAGCUCACGGGAAGAAUCCCUCACCCUUGGGUAGAGCAGGGAGGGGGUGUUUUCAGAGACGCUGUGGGCUGCCUUCUUGUUUGGCCUUUAUGUAGAAAUUGGCCAUAGCCCUCCGGAGCAUCUCAGGUAUGGAAGCAGUUGAAUUAGAUGCUUUGUAGAAACCUCAAGCAAGAAUCAGUAGGAACCGUAAUGGAGAGUUGUACCUGCGGAGGGGCCUGUCUCAGAAGGUAGCAGAGCAUUCUCUGCCUGUUCAGGUGGGAGACCCUGCCCGGGAUGUUGAGGCUGGAGGGUAGACACAGCCCACCUUCGGGAAGCGUCAGUUUUAUUCAAGGAGGAGAAAUAAGUUCAUACUCAAACCAGCAUGUGUGCGUUUGGGAGUAGAACACGAAGUUCCUGUGGUUGUGUCAGGGGGAGAACAGAUGCCCUAGGCGAACGUCACAUGUCUGCUCUGGGCUGCUGUGAGCCACGCUUCUUACCUGUCUCUGCUGCUGGAGUAGGCCUGCACCUGUAGGUCUCCCCUUAGAACUCUGGACAGAAUCGUAUUCCUUCAGUUACAAAGAAGGGGACGGCUGCACCCUGGGCAGGGAGCCCCACUGACGGAGGGCCGAGAGCUGGUGACGCGGCAGGAAGCUGCGUGUGCUAGGACAGGACGCCAGAGUCCUGUCCUAAUAAGUGACCUAUCGGGGCCUCUCUAUCUGGGGCCCUUAAAGUUGUUUUAGGGUGAGUAUUUUUAAUGGGUGGGAGCAUAAGCCGAAAAGGCCUGCAGAGAGAGAGGGUGAUGUGCUUAACAGACUUACACUUGCUUUUCAGAGAAAAUGUCAAAAAGUAAAGGAUGUGUUGGCCCCGUUUUGUAUUCAGAUAUUUCAACAUGAAAUUAAAGAUACAAGUUACCGUAUUUUUGUGGAACAAAAGUAUAAAGUAUAGGGCUUCCCUGGUGGCGCAGUGGUUGGGAGUCUGCCUGCCGACACAGGGGACACGGGUUCGUGCCCCGGUCCGGAAAGAUUCCCCCAAAAAAGUAUAAAGUCUAAACACACAGACCUCAACGUACUAUUUUUUUAACUAUUUUUUCCGGACUGCCUCAGUAUCGUAAGGCCUUGGGUCAGGCUUGCGUGCUGCUUUCAGAAUCCCAGCCUAGUUCUUGGUUGGAGUAGCUUCAGUCUGGGCUGUCUUGACUCACUCUAUAAGAAUGAUUACUAUGUCUAUUCAAGUCUAGUUUCCCCAAGUAGAACUUCCUACGAGACUGUUUUGAUAGCAUGCGACUUUUCGUUCCUUUAAUGUGAAACAGCGAGCUUGUCUGCAUUUCAUGUAACCUCACAGUGUUCAGGCCCCGUCAGGCACUGGCUCUCAGAACCAUUAACUUCCCAACUUAAGUUGAAGUGCUCUUUAACUGUUGUGAGACGUAACCCGUACACCUCGGUGUACCACCCGGCUCUGUUAUGUGGGGGAAAAGUAAGAGGUUCUCUUUUCUCUCUCUCUCUCUUUUUUUUUUUUUUUUUUCCUGAGUAAAACAGGCUUUUUUUUAAAAGCAAAACAGCCUGUGUUUUGAAAAUGAAAAUACCUGAAACAGCUUAUCAAAGAGUGGAAAGAAACUGCCUUAGUUCUAACAGCACUGGUUCAUCUGCUACCUUAAAAUAGAAACCAGUGAAACAGCACGAGGGGAAGGCUCCUUGUUUACCACCGUCAGGAUUUUAAGAGAAAAUGCCUGUUGAUAGAUUUAUAAGAUAGAGUUCUGUACCUUUAAUUAUGAGAAUUGAAAUGGCUCUGAUUUCGUAAAAUUAUCCUGUUUAACUUACAGGAGCUGAUUCAGUGUGUACUGAUUUUCUUGCUCAGAACUUGUUUUUCGUUAGGUCUAAAAAGUACUGAUAGAGCAUAAUGAAAUGAGUUUUUGCUUUAUUGGGUAACAGAAACACCUCUGAUGCAUUCGUGCAGUUUUACAUCCUUCCACAAAUUACUCUUCUGCACGUGUUUAAUGUGAUCAAUUGCUGUUGUAUUUUGUUAUUUUUAUUUGGGUGAUGUGUCCCAUAAUUUGUGCUGAUGACUCUAAAAUUCCUGGUAAGUCCUUUCCUCUGCGUCUCCACGCAGCAGGGCACUUCUGACUGCUUCCAUGCUUCUUAAUCAUUAGUGUCUACUCCUGCUCCAAAACCUCCAAAACCUAAUAAUUAUCCUAGCAUCCUUCUAGGCUUAUACCUAGAGUAUACUAAAGAGGUAGUUAAAUUAAUUUGUUCUCCUUGAGAAGGGAAUUUUAAUUUUUUUCUGAGAUGUUUUAUUUUUGUUCACUGACAUGAAAAAGCGUGAUUACACAAGUUAGUUACUUUCCCACCAGAUACAGUUUUUGUUCCACAGAAGCCAAGCAAGAGUCAAGUUGUUCGGUUUUUGUUUUUGUUUAGGAAAAAAAUACACUCCGACAGUUCAGAUCCAGAAGUUAACGUUUUCUGGGUUUGCUGUGAGUAACCUAUAGAACAGCUAGUGGUUACGUAGAUUCUGAAGUACACCUUGAGUGAUUUUAUGUCAGGGGUUCCUGCCGUGGUUAGAGGUUGAACUAGAUGGCCUCAGUGCUAUUUUAAUUUCAAAUUUUGAGUCACCUCUUGUGCCACGCCCAGGUCUGGAACAGAGAAGAAGUAAAUGGCGAAUGCGAGCUUUUCCAAGUCGCCGUUACCUUAGGCUGUAGCUGCAAAAGUAGCUGUAGCCUGCGGACAUGGCGAAGAGAGACUCUUCCUCUGUUCUCUGCUAGUCAAAUGCGCUUUUAAUUCGCGGCUCCCUGAGGCGUUUUCAACCUGUAGUGUACAGCGGAGUGUGACCAGGAGGGCACAGGAGCUGAAAGCCGAGUAGAAUGCGUCUCAGGGGUUUGGAGGUGUCCUUAAGUAUUUGAAUGGUAUGAAGGACAGAUACUAAAUUUGUUUUGUAUUGUGUCAGAAAGGCAGAACCUGAAGGACGAAAGAUAGACAGCAAUGAGGUGAUGAAUUUUAGAACAGCAGGAAGGCUUUUGGACUAGUAGUUACCACUGUCCCGGGAGGCAGGCUGUAGGCCCCAGACACUGAAGGUGCUCGAACAGGAUGGACAGUUACUUGACAAACAUGUAGCAGGACAGAGUUCCAGUAAGGUUCCUCCCGAAUUUCAGCUUCACAUUCUGUGAAUCAGACUUUGGGGGAUCCCUGAACUGGGAAGGAAUUCUUGGCGUCUGGGGUGGGACCCAGAGGGAACGGAUGGCAAAGGGCCAGGACGGGCACGGGCGCUGGAGCUUCUGCUGCCACGUGGGCCUCACCCCACCCCCAUCCAGAGGCUAGUGUUCACCUGCCACGGGCCGCGAGAGUGGGGAGUCUUUCUUGACCUUCACGGUGGAAACUGAACCGGGGCAAAGGAAGGGGGUGGGCCAGUGUGUCUCCCGGCUCCGUACGCUGGAGCCCGUCUCUGCCUCCACGUGAGCUGCUUCAGCUGAGUAUGUCCUAGUGAAAGAACUGCGCUGUUUCACGUGUGAGCGUCCAGGGUAAAUGCCUCCUCCUCUGAGCCACAGUCGAUGGAAGCGUAGUUCUGGAGCGGUGGGGACGGAGUCGUUAGAUGGCGGGCUCUGGUGUCCGCCGUGACCUCCGCCUGGUGUCUGUCCUCAGCCAUGCGUGUGCUUGUGUCGUGUGCGCGUCCUGUGUGUGGCGCUGGGACGCUCCGGGCGCGCACUGAACGGGAC